ACGAAAUCUACUUUGUUUAUAACUUUCUAAAAAUAGCCUUGUACAGAUGAGAUGUCUCCUUCACCUGAGUCAAUACACAUACUUUUCCUUUCCCAUUACACAUCCAUCUCUUCUGUUUUGGUUGCUCAUGCAUUUGUUAACGUGUGAGUAUUGCUCUGGCCCUAGUCCAAUUAAUCUUUUGGAAGGUGCCUAAGAAACUUUUGCACUUCUUGAGGUCAGUGGAAGGAAAUUAACUCUGAAACUUAAAAUACUUCACUGAAAUUACAUUGCUGCUGUGCUCUUAAUUUUCACAACUGGAUGUAAUAAAGUGACUGGGAUACCUGAGAAAAUAGCAGUAGAAUAACAGGAAAGGAAAACUGAAAUUCUUCAAGGAGCUAAGAUGGAAAGUUUUGGAGUUUUUGCUGAUCAGUUCAGCACCUUGAGCUACAGCUUGAUUUGAAGUAGUAGUGCAAACUGCAGGGAAUACUUGCUGUGUGAGAACGGUCCUACAUCCAUAAAGAAGCAGAAUUGUGUACAUUGAUCUUGCUGGUUAGCUCUUCUUACUGCAUGGGCAACCAGAUAGGGAAGACAAUACAAAUAUCAUCACAUUGUAUUUCUUUUUAAAAAGACUAUUUUAAAAUGUAUUUCUCCAGUUCCCACUCAAUAAAUAAGUGAUCGUUACUCAUAGGUUCUGCUGAGCUUAUGCCUUCCCCACAACACUGGACAGAACCUGCAUAAAUAUUAGUUACGAACAAAUAAAAACCUGUAUUCAAAAUUAUACUCAAGACGUAAGCUGAAGAAUUUAAUAUAUAUUGACAAAAGCAUGAAGCUGUCUAGGAACAGGUACGGGCUGAAUAUUAGGAGAAUGUCCUUCACCAGAGAGGGAGCUGGGUACUGGAACAGGCUCCCCAGGGCACUGGUCAUUACAUCAACUGCCAGAGUUCAAGUGGCAUUUAGACAAUGCUCUCAGACAAGGUUUGAAUUUUGGUAGUCCUGUGAGGAGCCAGGAGAUGGUCUCAAUCGCUGUGGAGCUCUUCCAGGAUUUUCUAUGAUUUGAAUGGGAGAAGAGUAUUUUACAUGCCAGAAUCAGAUUUUGAAACUAGUUUACUCAAGAUCUGUAAAUCCAUGGUUGAGGCAAUUAUCAAGAUGCCACUAGGGGCUGCUGCUGUUCUGAAGUGAUUGUUCUCUGAUGUUUUCUGGGGGCACUUAAACGUGUUCUUGCUGGAUACUUUAAUUGGACUGUUUUAUUAAGCAAUUUUUUCUUGGUGAUCACUUUUAGGAUAAUAAUGCCUUUGAAGAGCAAAAUAAUAUAUUUAUUUAUUUAAUCUGUUGUGCCUAUUGAAUGAUUAGGAACCUAAGUAUGUUGUACUAACUUUUGUUUAAAUUCUCUGUGACCCGUAUCAUAGAAGUGGAAAUUUAAUUGAAUGCUUACAUGGAAGAAUCAACUGUGCUAGAAAUAUGUAUGCAGUUGAGUCCUGAGCUGGCCUCACGGGCCUGUUCUGGAAGCCUGGAUACAGGGUCAAUUCCUUCUCUGUAAAGAUGGAGAGCGUUGCCUACAGUUUCUGGAUUACUCUGUGCAGUGAUGAGGAAGCUUCUAAGCGUGCAGCUGCUGCUAAUAAUUGUAUGAACAUCGUGGAUGGCCUUGUUGGUAAUAUGAUGACAUUGUUUCCACCAUGGUGAAGCAUUAGAACUUUGGGAUCUUAAUCAGAGACCGUUGAGGAGCAGAGGGAGAGACUGCUCCUAUGAAUGCCAUGCAGGUGUGUCACUACACAGUGGCAUCUAUCUGAGAUAAUGGGGCAAGUGGCCUACUUAGGAGGGAGCAAGAAGUGCUAGCGAAAAUGGUAUGUACAGUACCUGUGUUUGAUAUUGAAAAGAUGAAUGGUUCUGUUACAAUCUGCUGUUUUACUUCACAAAAUCUUUAAAUAUAACAUGCUUUGUGUGCUGUUAUUUAGGCUUCUUUUUCAGACUACGUAUUGUGAACGUGCUUCUACCAUAAAUGUAAGUUUAAUUAGGAGAACUUAUUUUCCAGGUUUAGUUUACAGUUGUUACGCUUUUCAUUUAUUUUCUUUCUUUGAGAAUGAUACAGAAUAGCUUUUGCAAAACAGACUGCAUAGCAAAAAAUUAAUAAAUGAAAGUUUUACGUAUGGAAAUAUUCACCCUACGAAACAGCCCCCUUCCAUGUUUGAAGUACUGCUUCCAGUAACUGCUGCAGAUUUGCUCUCCAUAGAUGCAGUAGGACAAAUGCAUUCCCACGUGUGUGGAAAAAAACUCAGACCAUGUUCUUACUCUUCUCAGAGGUUAUUGUAUGCUUACUUCAACUGGGUCAAGGUAACUACCUAAUAAAUCUCCAAAUUAUACCAAUUUAAACAGGUUGUUUUUGAAUGGAAAAUAAAUAUUUCCUGGAUUCCAGGACAGGGGGAGUGCUAUGUGUGUUGAAUUCUACUACUUGUGUGCUUUUCUUUUUUCUUUUUGUGGGUGGAGUCAUGCUUGAUUCUUUACCGUCACUCCCACCAAUCUAAUCUGGGAGAGAAAUAGAUUACAAAGAAUGAAAGGAAGAUAAACUGGAUCAAAAAACUGAUCCUUGAAAGAACUAUUCACAUUGUUUGAUAGUGUAUUUAUUACUACCUGUUGCAAAAUGUCUGAUCUCUUGCGUUCACUGUUUGCAUCAAAGCUGCGGUUUAGUUAAACAAAAAGCAUCCAUCCAUGGUGUACGUUAUGCUUUACUUUUCACAUUCACUGUACUCAUAUUCCUUUAUUCAAAUUUUUGAUAUUAGCUUUGGAUUUUUUUUUGAGUUGUGCAUGGUUUACAACUAAAUGCAACACAUAACAGAUAAGUUUGUUAUAAAGAAAUAGUCAACUAUAAAAAAUAAAAUUAGUUACAAAUAUAGGGAAGGGCUGGCCAUGCAUCACUGUGAAAAGUUUAUUACUUGUGGCACAAAUUAUACUUGUCUGCUUGAACAUAAAUUGAUAAUCAAGUAAAAGGAGCCACUUGAGGCAAAUCCCUGCAACAACAAUGUAGUCUUCUGAUGUGAAUUCUGUGACAGUUCCCAAAACAGAGGUAGCAGAACUCCAGGUGGAUUUGAAGCCCAGAUGAAAUCCAGUUGAAAAAAUCGAUAUCUGUGGGACUGACAAUCCAGAAAGAGCAGUUGCUAAUAACUGCUGAAAUAAAGUUAACGUACUGUGUUGUGGUCACUAAAACAUUGUUUGCCACAAAGCACUCUCUUGUGCUAGGGGUACCGUGGGAACAGAAAUAAAGUGUCCGAAGAACCAAUAUGUCAUAGAUUUUGAAUUAGAAUAUAACUGAAGGUUUUUGUGUGAUUUGAAGACCACAGUUUAUUGCUGGAAGUUACACCUCCAAAAACAUCCUCCAGCGCAGAAGACUAUGUGCAUUUGUUGUUGAUCUAACUGCCACCCAGCUUGCUUUGGAGGACUAACGUUUUUGUAGGGUUGACAAGAGCCCAUUCAUACUCUUAGUUCAUCUCCCAUUUCUGAAGGUACCUGCCAAGCUGUUUCCAUGAUCCUGACAUUUCUAGAACACACGAUUUUGUGAAUGUGUUCUUGUGCUAUCAAUAUAAAUCAUUGUUAGUGAUGAAGUUGGCUGCAAGCCUGCCUCAAUUCAGGUACUUGGCUGCAUUUUGUAUUUGGUUCUGUAGGAAAUGCUAAAGUUCUUGCUGACCUGCACUUCUAUCCCUCUUGCUGCUGAGAAUCUCUGCAGCUUUUAAUUGUUCAAAUUUAGCUGCCAUUUACUUUGGAAGAUAAAAUAUUUACAGAAUGCUUAUGAAACCUUUGUUCAUUUAAAAUACUCCUGGUCAGUGUGACCGGAGCUGAAAGGACACAUUGAUCCUGUGAUUUCAAUAAAUAUAUACAUUCAAUAUAUUGUUUCUCAGUAGGAUGUUAAAUCCUGUGCUUUGGUGCAAUAUGAAUACAUGAAUAGCAAAGGUUUAUCUAGAUUAGUCUUUGGCCUAUAGGAAUGGCCAUAAACCAAAGCUGAGGGAAGAGAGAAUGCAGUCGAUGCAGAUGACACUGACUGCUAAUUGGGCUACUAUCAGCUAGAUAACAGCUUGGGUCAGGUGCCAGGUCAACCUAACCUGGGCAAAACCAAUUUCAUUUGUGGCAGGACCAUGUACCAGCAGCCAGACAUGACACAAUCUAGGAAAGCAAGUAACACAUCUAUUGUAAAUUUAUUUUAAAUGCCAUAGUAAAAGUGUUUUUCUACAAUACACUGAAACUUCUUGUCAAUCAGACAAAGGUUUAUUAAUCAGAGAUGCCAAGGUAUUACUUGAUUUUCUUUAUUCCAUGUAAAGAGAAGCUAUAAUUGCAAAAAGAGGAGUGUUUACAUAAACUGAUAAAAAACUUGAGAAUUCAGCAGAAAACAGCCACGUGUUCUUGAGCAUUCUUCCAUAAAGGUCUCACUGCGCCUGGCAGAGCCCCAUUCACCUUCGCUAUGAGGGGGAUCAUACUAGCACUAGUGCUCACCCUUGUUGGUAGCCAGAAGUUUGACAUUGACCCGGGUUUCAGUAGCAGAAAGAGUUACCUGUACAGCUAUGAAGGCUUUAUGUUGAAUGGGCUUCAAGAAAGAAAUCUGGGCAAAGCUGGUGUGCGCUUGAGCAGCAAGCUAGAGAUCAGUGGGCUAUCAGAGAAUGCUUACCUCCUCAAGGUUCGCUCUCCACAAGUGGAGGAAUACAAUGGGGUCUGGCCCAGGGAUCCGUUUACUCGAUCUUCCAAAAUCACCCAAGCAGUCUCAUCGUGUUUCACCCGGCCCUUCAAAUUUGAGUACAGCAGUGGACGGAUCGGAAGCAUUUAUGCCCCAGAAGACUGCUCAGAUCUGUGUGUUAACAUAGUGAGAGGAAUACUGAACAUGUUGCAGAUAACCAUUAAAAAAUCACAGAACGUCUAUGAAUUGCAAGAGGCUGGAAUUGGAGGUGUUUGCCAUACAAGGUAUGUCAUCCAGGAGGACAGGAGGAAUGGCCGAGUCUCUGUUACCAAAACCGUGGACCAGAAUAAUUGCCAGGAAAAGGUACAGAAGAGUGUUGGAAUGGCUUACAUCUAUCCCUGCCCUGUGGACGUGAUGAAAGAAAGACUCACCAAAGGGACCGCUGCUUUCUCCUACAAGCUGAAGCAGUCAGACAGCAGCACACUGAUCACGGAGGUCGCAUCACAGCAGGUGUAUCAGAUCUCCCCGUUCAAUGAGCCCACUGGGGUGGCUGUCAUGGAAGCAAGACAGCAUCUCACCUUGCUGGAGGUGAGAAAUGAGCGGGGCAGUGCCCCGGAUGUCCCCAUGCAGAGCUACGGCAGCCUUCGCUACCACUUCCCAGCCAUACUGCCACAGAUGCCACUUCAGCUGAUCAAGACAAAAAACCCUGAGCAACGGAUAGUAGAAACACUGCAGCACAUAGUCCUGAAUAACCAACAAGAUUUCCAUGACGAUGUUCCAUAUAGAUUCUUAGAGCUGGUCCAGCUCUGCCGGAUAGCAAGUGCUGACACUCUUGAGUCUGUCUGGAGACAAGUUUCAGAUAAACCUCGUUACAGGCGAUGGCUACUGAGUGCAGUUUCUGCGAGUGGCACCACAGAAGCACUAAAAUUCCUUAAGACCAGAAUUCGCAAUGAUGACCUCAACUACAUUCAGACCCUUCUAACUGUUUCUUUGACUCUCCAUUUAAUGAAAGCUGAUGAACACACUCUUCCAAUAGCAGCAGAUUUAAUGACCAGCUCUCGAAUUCAGAAAAAUCCCAUGCUUCAGCAAGUGGCCUGCUUGGGUUAUAGUUCUGUAGUCAAUAGAUACUGUUCUCAGACCUCAGCUUGUCCUAAAGAAGCUCUUCAGCCCGUCCAUGACCUGGCAGAUGAAGCAGUCAGCAGGGGCCGUGAAGACAAAAUGAAAUUAGCUCUGAAGUGCAUUGGUAACAUGGGAGAACCAGCCAGCUUAAAGCGCAUCCUGAAGUUCCUUCCAAUAUCUUCAUCCAGUGCUUCUGAUAUCCCGAUCCACAUUCAGACAGAUGCCAUCAUGGCCUUAAGAAAGAUAGCUUGGAAGGACCCCAAAACAGUGCAGGGCUAUCUCAUCCAGAUCCUUGCAGACCAGUCACUUCCCCCCGAGGUGCGAAUGAUGGCUUGUGCUGUUAUCUUUGAGACAAGGCCUGCCCUUGCUUUGAUAACAACGAUAGCUAACGUGGCAAUGAAAGAGAGCAAUUUGCAAGUGGCCAGUUUUGUAUAUUCCCACAUGAAGUCUUUGUCAAAGAGCAGAUUGCCAUUUAUGUAUAACAUAUCUUCAGCUUGCAACAUCGCCCUUAAGCUGUUGUCCCCCAAACUGGACAGGCUGAGCUAUCGGUACAGCAAGGUCAUUCGAGUAGGCACUUACUUUGACAACUAUAGAGUUGGUGCUGCUGGAGAAAUCUUUGUUAUAAACAGCCCAGGAACGAUGUUCCCAUCAGCAAUAAUUUCCAAACUGAUGGCAAAUUCUGUGGGUUCAGUGGCUGAUCUGGUAGAGGUUGGCAUCCGAGUGGAGGGCCUCACAGAUGUCAUAAUGAAAAGAAACAUCCCGUUUGCUGAGUAUCCCACAUACAAGAAGAUAAAGGAGCUUGGAAAAGCUCUGCUGGGAUGGAAAGAGCUGCCGACAGAAACCCCCUUGAUAUCAGCCUCCUUGAAAAUAUUUGGCCAAGAGGUGGCCUUCAUCAACAUCAACAAGGAGGUCCUGCAACAGGCCAUGAAGACCAUAGCGGAACCUGCUGAUCGAAACACAGCACUGAAGAGAAUUGCCAGCCAGAUCCGCAAUGGCAUCACAGGGCAGUGGACGCAGCCAGUGUGGAUGGGGGAGCUGCGAUACAUGGUUCCCAGCUGCCUUGGCCUGCCACUGGAGUAUGGGUCCUACACCACCGCCCUGGCACGAGCUGCAGUCAGCGUUGAUGGAAAGAUGACUCCACCUUUAAGCGGAGAUUUUCGACUUUCUCAGUUGCUUGCAUCUGCCGUGCAGAUUCGGUCUGACUUUAACCCCAGUUUAUAUGUGCAUACAGUUGCAAUGAUGGGUGUCAACACGGAAUACUUUCAACACGCUGUUGAAAUUCAAGGCGAGGUCCGGACAAGAAUGCCAGUGAAGUUUGAUGCCAAGAUAGAUGUGAAAUUGAAAAAUAUUAAGAUUGAAACAAAUCCAUGCCGUGAGGAAACUGAGAUAGUGGUUGGAAGACAUAAGGCUUUUGUUGUAUCAAGAAACAUAGGAGAACUAGGUGUUGAAAAGAGGACCUCAAUUCUCCCAGGAGAUGCUCCAUUUAAUGCUAUGGAAGAGCCUUUCCAAACAUCAGAGAGAGCUUCCAGGGAACAUUUCCCAAUGCAAGGGCCUGACAGCAUGCCAAGGAAACAAUCCCAUAGUUCACAAGAAGAUCUUCACCGUAGCACAGGAAAAAGAACACAUAAACAAGAUAUUUGCCUCAAAAUGCAUCGUCUUGGUUGCCAGCUCUGCUUUUCCAGAAGGUCAAGUGAUGCCAGUUUCAUAAAGAAUACGUAUUUGCACAGAUUAAUUGGAGAACAUGAAGCUAAAUUAGUUUUGAUGCCAGUUCAUACAGAUGCUGAUAUUGACAAAAUUCAGCUGGAGAUUCAAGCAGGAUCUAGAGCAGCUUCCAAAAUAAUUAAUGAGGUAAACUCAGAGUCUGAGGAAAAGGAUGAAUCAUCUCCAUAUGAGGACAUUCAAGCUAAUCUGAAGAAGAUUCUAGGCAUUGAAAAUGUGUUCAAGGUUGCAAACAAAACACAGCACCCAAAAAAUCGACGGUCUAAGAAAGGAAACACUAUGCUAGCAGAGCUUGGGACAGAGCCCGAUGCAAAAACUUCCUCCAGCUCAUCUUCUGCUUCCUCAACUGCCACCUCUUCUUCCUCAUCAUCUGCCUCCUCUCCUAAUCAUAAAAAGCCUAUGGAUGAAGAGAAUGAUCAAGUAAAGCAAGCUGGAAACAAAGACGCAAGCAGCAGCAGCAGAAGCAGCAAGAGCAGUAACAGUAGCAAGAGAAGCAGCAGCAAGAGCAGCAGUAGUAGUAGCAAGAGCAGCAGUAGUAGCAGCAAGAGCAGCAGUAGUAGCAGCAGUAGUAGCAGCAGCAAGAGCAGCAGUAGUAGCAGCAGUAGUAGCAGCAGCAAGAGCAGCAGUAGUAGCAGCAGUAGUAGCAGCAGCAAGAGCAGCAGUAGUAGCAGCAGCAAGAGCAGCAGUAGUAGCAGCAAGAGCAGUAACAGCAAGAGCAGCAGUAGCAGCAGCAUGAGCAGCAGCAGCAAAACAAGGAGUCACCAUAGCCAUAGCCAUCAGUCAGGGCAUCUAAAUGGCAGCAGUAGCAGCAGCAGCAGCAGUAGGUCAGUGAGUCACCACAGCCAUGGGCAUCACUCAGGACAUCUGGAAGAUGACAGCAGUAGCAGCAGCAGCAUGCAUUCCAAAAUAUGGGGGCAUCAUGAGAUUUAUCGGUAUCGCUUUAGAUCAGCACACAGACAAGAGUUCCCCAAAAGAAAAAUCCCAGGUGACCAAGUUACCAGCACAUACUCCUCUACCAGAUCCAGCCAUGAUGCAUCCCGAGCUGCUUCCUGGCCUAAGUUUCUAGGUGACAUCAAAACCCCAGUGUUAGCUGCUUUUCUCCAUGGCAUUAGUAACAAUAAGAAGACAGGAGGCCUCCAGCUCGUGGUAUAUGCUGAUACCGACUCUGUCAGGCCUCGGAUGCAGGUAUUUGUGACAAACCUCACAGAUUCAAGCAAGUGGAAGCUCUGUGCGGAUGCUUCGGUCCUCAAUGCUCACAAGGCGAUGGCUUACUUGAAAUGGGGCCGGAAUUGCCAGGACUACAGGGUUUCUACUGAGCUGGUAACUGGGCGGUUUGCUGGGCACCCUGCUGCACAAGUGAAGCUGGAGUGGCCCAAGGUUCCUUCGAGUGUCAGAUCAUAUGUUGAAUGGUUUUACAAGUUUGUCCCUGGGGCUGCAUUUAUGCUGGGUUUCUCUGAGAGAAUGGGCAAGAAUCCUUCUCGACAAGCCAGGAUGAUCGUGGCUCUCACUUCUCCGAGGACGUGUGAUAUUGUUGUCAAGCUGCCCGAUAUGACCCUCUAUCAAAAAGCCAUGAAGCUUCCUCUGUCACUCCCUGUGGGUCCGAGGAUCCCAGCUUCGGAGCUGCAGCCUCCGAUCUGGAACGUCUUUGCUGAAGCCCCCUCUGCGGUGCUUGAGAAUUUGAAAGCUCGCUGCUCAGUUUCACACAACAAGAUCACAACCUUUAAUGAAGUCAAGUUCAACUACUCGAUGCCAGCGAGCUGCUAUCACAUCUUGGCUCAGGAUUGCAGCUCUGACCUUAAGUUCCUGGUGAUGAUGAAGAGUGCUGAAGAAGCUACAAACCUUAAAGCCAUCAACAUCAAGAUUGGCAGUCAUGAAAUUGACAUGCAUCCUAUGAAUGGACAAGUGAAACUGCUGGUGGAUGGAACUGAGAGCCCCGUAACCAACAUUUCCCUCGUAUCUGCUGGUGCGUCUCUUUGGAUUCACAGUGAAAACCAAGGGCUUGUACUUGUUGCCCCAGCCUAUGGUAUUGAUAAAUUGUACUUCGAUGGACAAACACUCUUGAUUCAAGUUGCUUUAUGGAUGGCAGGAAAAACAUGUGGAAUCUGUGGAAAAUAUGACGCAGAAUGUGAACAGGAGUAUCGGAUGCCCAAUGGAUAUCUAGCUAAAGAUGCUGUGAGCUUUGCUCAUUCUUGGAUCUUGGAAGAAACGCCCUGUAGAGGAGCUUGUAAACUGCAUCGUUCGUUUGUGAAGCUUGAGAAGACGGUUCAGCUUGCAGGUGUUGAUUCCAAGUGCUACUCUACAGAGCCCGUGCUGCGCUGUAUGAAGGGAUGCUCUGCUACCAAGACAGCUCCAGUAACUGUUGGUUUCCACUGCCUCCCAGCUGAUUCAGCUACCAGCCUGACUGACAAACAGAUGAAGUUUGACCAGAAGUCAGAGGACAUGCAGGAUACUGUUGAUGCACACACAGCAUGUUCAUGUGAGAAUGAAGAAUGCAGUGCAUGAAGCUGUACAUUGCAGCACAGGAGAAUACAGAAACAUUUUAGUUUUUAUGGUGUGGUGUAAGAAGACUCAUCUUAAGAAGCAAUAGAAACGUUAAAUUAAAUGCUUACAGAUGUGUGGGAUUUUCCCAAGUAAUUUAAAGUAUUAAACUUUAUUACUGUAGGAACUAUUCUAAUGGCCUAUAAGUAUCUGAUUUCGUAAUAAAUACAAGCAUGGAAAAAUUGAGGAAGGCUUCCUUCUUUCACUGAUUGUGGCAAGAGGACAUCUGCAUUGCUUCUCUUCACCCCACAUUUUGUAGACUCGAGGCUGUGGCAGCCUGCUGUGAAGAUGUGCAUCAGGCAAGGGUCUGUGUCAGGCCCCACCUGGGAUAUGGGUUGAGAGGAGCAGCAGAAGCUGCCUACCAGUCUCCAGCUUGUUUCCCCUCCACUUCCUUCCCUAGUGCUGAGAUCCUGGGCACCCACAGUAAGAACUGGUUGGCUCUGGGUGAGGCAGCACCCUCUGCAGCAGCAACACAAUGAGGUGCUCCGCAGUGACAAUGUGAUGGGCCUGCGCUGUUGUAGGGAACAACCUUCUG